ACCAGAAAACAAUGUAAACAGAGUCGGCACCUCACUGUGGACCAAGCAGCAUUUUGUGUGUCCAUUUUAAUUUUACAAAGGGUAAGGAGGUCAUCUGUACACUGAUCACUGAUCAAGUCAAAAACGAAGAAUGGUUCAUAUACAUGCAUGCAUAAGAUGGUGAAAUUAUAGAAUAGCAUCCAAUCAGAAAUUCACAAUGGCAUCGGAGGAGUUUCUCAAGCAGAGCAAGUUGCCGUCUGAUUACGAAGACAAGAAACAAAAGAUGUGUCAGUUUGUGACCAGAAAUGCUGACAAGAAAUGUGUACUUGUGACGUCAGGCGGGACCACUGUACCACUUGAGAGUCGCACCAUACGCUACAUUGAUAACUUCAGUGUUGGAACGAGAGGAUCAGCAUCUGCAGAAUAUUUUCUUGCUCAGGGUUAUGCAGUUCUGUUUCUUCAUCGUCACCGUUCCUUGGAGCCAUUUUCCAGGCAUCUGUCAAAGAUAAAUGUACUGGAUAUAGUAAAAUCAUCACGUAACACCCUAUCAGUCUCAGAGGAUUGGACAUCCAGGAUAUCUGCCAUACUGGAGAAAUACAACCAGGUGAAGAGUGGCGGAACCUUGUUACAGAUAGAGUUCACCACUGUGGGGGAAUAUAUCCACCUGCUAAAGGCAGCCGCUGAUGCUAUGAGACCUCUGGGGCCACGGGCCAUGCUGUAUCUGGCAGCCGCCGUGUCAGAUUUUUACAUUCCUACGGAUGAGAUGCCUGAGCACAAGAUCCAGUCUGGUAACGGACCACUGCAGAUCUCACUCCAACUCGUCCCUAAGAUGCUAAAACCUCUCGUCAAGGAGUGGAUACCUCAGGCAUUUGUUAUUUCUUUCAAGCUGGAAACAGACCCUAGCCUUCUUCUAAAGAAAGCAAAAGAAGCACUUGAAAAGUACAGCCAUCAGGUAAGUAUAUUACAUAUUCAGUUUAAACUACCCUGCAUAGAUUGCAUCGAUUAA